AUGUCAGAUUUCAAAGUAAAGGCCGGUUUAGCACAAAUGCUUAAAGGCGGUGUUAUAAUGGAUGUUGUUAAUGCUGAUCAAGCCAAAAUCGCUGAGGCAGCUGGUGCUUGUGCUGUUAUGGCAUUAGAAAGAAUUCCUGCUGAAAUGAGAAAAUCAAAUCAAGUUUGUAGAAUGUCUGAUCCGAAAAUGAUUAAAGAUAUAAUGGAGACAGUUAAAAUCCCAGUUAUGGCAAAAUGUAGAAUUGGUCAUUUUACUGAAAGUCAAAUUUUGGAAGCUUUAGGUGUAGAUUACAUUGAUGAAAGUGAAGUUUUAACUCCGGCUGACACUGUAUAUCAUAUUGAUAAAACCAAAUUCAAAGUGCCAUUUGUAUGUGGAGCAAGAAACUUGGGUGAAGCAUUGAGAAGAAUUCAUGAAGGAGCAGCCAUGAUUAGAUGUAAAGGUGAAGCAGGUACUGGUGAUGUUUCAUCAGCAGUGGAUCAUAUUAGAACUAUUAAAAAAGAUAUUGAAGAAGCCUCAAAAUUGAAAAGUGAAACGGAAAUUGUUGAACUUGCACGCAAAUUAAGAGUCCCCACUGAAUUAUUAAUUAAAGUCAUUGAAGCAAAGAAAUUACCAGUGGUUUUGUUUUGUGCUGGUGGUGUGUCAACUCCAGCUGAUGCUGCAUUAUUGAUGCAAUUGGGUUGUGAUGGUGUUUUUGUUGGAUCUGGUAUUUUCAAGUCAAAGAACCCAGAAAAAUUGGCCAAGGCAAUUGUCAACGCUACCACUCAUUACAAUGACCCAGUUAAACUUUUGCAAUAUUCAACUGAUUUGGGUGAGUUGAUGGGAGGAAUUGCAAUUGAUUCAAUUAAAGAGGAUGAAAAGUUGGAAAAAAGAGGUUGGUGA